UCGGCGCGGUGGCCAGAACCUGAUCUACAAGGGUCACAUGUACUCAGUGGAGCGCAAGUACCACGCCAGCAUCAAUUGGGACAGGGACAGGAGUUGGCCGAGUAUGUGCGGUCGAAGCGCGGCACCGGCCUGGUCUACUACGAGGGCAACACCUACACGCCCAACGAGAAGCUGCGGGAGGGCCAGAAGAGCCGCGAUUGGAAGUGCUCAAUGUAUCACAAGGCCAAGUGUCGGGCCCGUCUUGUCACGCGUCUCACACGCAGUGGAGAUCUCAUACACGUGACCAGCAGAUUUCACACACAUCCCACGAUGUACGACCAACAGCAGAAGUCAGAACCGGGCAAGGACGCCCGCAAGUUCCUCCUUAAGCUUAGUCCGCACAAGAAAGAUCCCAAGUAGCCGCAUAAUCGUCUCGUUCUAGUGUAGAAACAGAGACGCUAAAGAGACUUGCUUGCCGACAAGCAAAAUAAAUCCCUAUAAUUAAUUCAUGGCCAUUGGCAAACAAUUGCCAGUGCAGUAUAUAUUGGACGAAGCAGGCAGAACAAUGAAAAAGUGUCCAGUGUCCAUUAGGUUCAUCGAGGGACAACGAAAGUCGGUGCAGCUGGUGUGUGGCAGCUAUGCCUAUGCCAA